UCCCAACUCGCUCCCCUUUUCAGUUUCCGCUGUCUCGCCUGAGAUAUCCCCGAGAGAUCCUCUCUGUUGCUCUCGACGAUCUCUGGGUUCUUCGGCGCGAGAUUACUAUGUCUCUCACAUGUGUGAAGAUGUCCGAGGAUGUCUGGUUGACUUGCCUCACUCAUGCAUUGUCCACCGAGACCGAGGAAAUCAUGGGUCUCCUUCUCGGCGACAUCGAGUACUCGAAAAACGGAAGUGUCACGGCCCUAAUCUGGGGAGCUUCGCCUCAGACGCGGUCCGAUAGACAGAAGGAUCGGGUAGAGACUAACCCUGAACAGUUGGCUGCUGCUUCAGCUCAAGCUGAGAGAAUGACCAUAUCUACUGGAAGAACAACACGUGUAAUCGGAUGGUAUCACUCGCACCCUCACAUUACAGUUCUUCCUUCUCAUGUGGAUGUCCGUACACAAGCAAUGUAUCAGCUUUUAGAUUCUGGUUUUAUUGGACUCAUAUUUUCCUGUUUUAGCGAGGAUGCAAACAAGGUUGGUAGAAUCCAAGUAAUCGCCUUCCAGUCCUCUGAUGGGAAGCAGAACAAUACUUUUAAAUCAAUAAGCCUAUCACUUUCAAGUAAAGAUUCUGUCAUCGAUGUAGAGUCAUCUUUAAGUUCUUCAGACUCAACAUACCGGAGGUCUUAUCCUUCUCGAGGAGAAAAUCCUGAGCAAGACACUGGUGAUUCAGCAACCACUCUCGGAUAUAAGGCUGGAGGAAGAGUUUCAGAUUUCGGGGCUUUCUUUGUUAACAGUGCUGAGAUUGACACCUCUGGGGGAGAACGAACCAGUGGAAACUACAAUUCAGAUAACAUCAGGAAUACAGGUGUUGAUAUUGAUCCCAUGGAAAUGUCCGACGGCAUGCAAGAGGCCAUGCUCCGUUCAAACUUGGAAAUGAGCGGUGCGGAGUAUGUGAGGAAAGAAGUCCCUCUACACGUUUUGCCAACUUCGUCUCUUCUUCAGCUGAAUUCGCCUUUGACAUCAUUCACGGAUCUGCAACGAGUGCUAUACGAAGAGGAACGUGCAGCAUACCACCAAGCAAUCCUUCAAAACAUGAGGGAUGGUAAAGUUCAUCCUCUGACCUAUAUCCACCACAAUUCGACGUAUCAGGCCUCCAUGUGCAAGUUAAUUGAAUAUUGCUUGAGUCCAGCCAUUAAUGCACUUCAAGACAGGCUGAGGGAGAACAAGAUCCGGUUAGAAAUGCUAAAGGAUGAAGCCGAGGCUAUGGAAGCUGAGGCCCUUAAAGGGACCAACACUAUCACUAGUGGAGGUGGAAGUGGAAGUUCGUCUCACCGUUUGCUGCACGGUUCCGGCAGCAGCCGAAGCAGAAGAGGCUCCUAAACCUUGACUGACACCUCUGUCCAAACCCAACCAUAUGAAAGCGGAAAGAGCAGCAAGAAACAUCGCCGGGUAGAUAAGAACAGAAUUCCUUCCAUCACUUGUCCGACCAGGAGACGAUUCCGACAG